UCGUAGUAAGGAUAUGAUAUUCAGGGAAACCAAACACGCCGUGGAGACUCUGAUGCCGCGCUUAUUCGAAGACUGAAACAACCAAACACUGUGGCAGAACCGAACCCAAUAAUGGACCCUAUCAUCCUUUCUGAUGAAGAAGACCCCUCAACGCCGUUCCCCUUCCGAUCAAAGAAACGCCGAACCGAACCGGACCCAAACCGCACCGUUUUUGUCAUCGAAGAUGACCCAACCCCUCAAAAAUCCGUCACCCCUUCUAUCGUUCCCGAGACUCCAAUGUCUGCGCUAUUCGGUUCCGAGGUCGCAAUCGUCAAAUGCACCAUGCCUUCCGUUCCUACCGCUAGGGUUUCGCCUAACAAAUUCUCCGGGAUUAGUCAAAUGAUAUGUUUGGAGUCAGAUAAUGAGUCCGAACAUUGUGGAAUGGGCAAACGGGAUGAGACUGAACCGAGAGAUUCUAGAGGGAUUUCGAAUUCAGUGGGGUCUGGAAGUUCUCCUGGUGUAUUAUUGGAAUCAGGCAACACGUUGGGAAAUUGUGGAAUGGACAAACGGGAUGAGACUGAGCCAAGAGAUUCAAGAUGGACAUCAAAUUCAGUGAGAUCUGGGAGUUGUCCUCAUGUAUGUUUGGAAUCGGAUAACGAGUUAGAAAAUUGUCGAACAGGUGAAUGCGAUGAAAAUGAACCAAAAGAAUCAAGAUGGACUUCAAAUUCGUUGGGGUCCGGAAGUUCUCCUCGUAUAUGUUUGGAUUCGGAUAAUGAGUUAGAAAAUUUUGGAGUGGGCAAACGAGAUCAAAAUGAAGCUAGGGAUUCAAGAUGGACUUCAGAUUCAAUGGGGUCUGGAAGUUCUUCUGAGAGGCACAUUUCGCAUGAAAAUGCUACUCAAACUGAAAUGAACGACCUUUCAAAUCCAACUUCUUUACGAGUGGAAAAAAUGGACAUGGAGAAGGAGAACACCAAAAAUAUGAAAAAAUCCAAAGUUCCUUCAAAGAACACAACCAAGGCAGUGGGGAAAACAAAAGUGACAAAAGAAGAAAGAAGUCGCCUGAUGGAGGAAAAGAAACUACAGAAAGAACAAGAGAAGUUAAAAAAAGCUGCUCUAAAGGCUGAAGCUGCAGAACUGAAAAAAAUUGAAAAAGAAAAGCAAAAAUGGGAAAAGGGGAAGUUUGCAAUAAAAUCCAUUGUGGCAGAAAUUGAUGCAAAGGUAGUUGAAGCAGGUUCGAUUGGAGGACAUCUGCUUACUAGGUUUGCUGAAAAAGGGCUUACAUACCAUAUUACAUCAAAUCCAAUCUCAGGGUCCAUUUUGUGGUCUAUGAAAGUUCCUGAACAAAUUUCACAGCUUUCUACUGAAAGAAUUGAGAUUCCAUAUGUCCUGCUCAUUUAUGAGGCUGACAAAUUUUGUAAUCUCGUCAUGAAUGAUUCUCUUUUUGAUCAACUCUCUAGCAUUCGUAGUCUUUAUCCGUCUUAUACAGUUUGUUACCUUACCAAUAGGUUGUUGGCUUACAUUAAUAAAAGGGAACAGGAAAAAUAUAAGAACCCAGAAAACAAUAGUUGUUGGAGACGUCCACCUAUCGAGGAGGUUCUGGCAAAACUAACGACUAAUUUCAACAAAGUACAUUCCAGGCUGUGUGUAGAUGAGGCUGAACUGGCUGAACAUGUUGCUGGUUUGACAUGCAGUUUGGCAUCAUGUCAGUUCAGAAAGAAGUUAACCCGGUUAUCUGUAUAUGCAAAUGGAGCCCUUAUUCCAAAGGACUGUGUUGACCGGAAUUUAAUAAAGAAAUCUUUGUGGUUAAAAGGUUUGGUUUCUAUCCCCAAGGUUCAGCCACGAUUUGCUAUUGCUAUCUGGAAGAAAUACCCAACCAUGAAGUCCCUUUUAAGUGUUUAUAUGGAUCCUAGUAAAUCGGAACAUGAGAAGGAGUUUUUACUUAAAGACUUGAUGACAGAAGGUUUGGUUGGUGGUGACCGAAGGCUAGGUGAGGUUUGUUCAAAGAGGGUAUACAGAAUUCUAAUGGCGCAAAGUGGAUCCAUUAGAACCGAUGAUGUCGAGAAUGGUGCCGAUUUCUUUGAACGUCAGUGAUGAAGAGCUUUCCCUUGCAUAAGUGGCCUUCCAAGGAACAUCUCAGCCAACAAGCAUCCUGCACUCCAGAGAUCAAUUUCAUAUCCAUAAUCAGUCGAACCCAAAAGAAGUUCAGGAGCUCUAUACCAAAGUGUCACCACUCGAUUAGUGAAAGGCCCUUCAGGUUUUAUAGCAAAAGAAUUUGCUAGCCCAAAAUCUGCAAUUUUUAGCACCCCUUUUUUAUCUACUAACAAGUUGGAAGGUUUAAUGUCUCUAUGCAUAACUCCUCUCUCAUGACAGUGCUGUAGCCCCAGAAGCAGUUGCUGCAUAUAACACUUGAUCUGCAUAAAAAUCACAAUACCAACAACAUAAAUUACAAUAGCAUGAUGCAUCAAAGUUAAAGUUUGGAUGGAAAUGGAACCUGUUCUUCAGUGAGUUUAUCCGUAGGACGAGAGAUGAUUCUUGUAAGAUCAGAGUGCAUGUAACGAAAAACAAGAUAAAGACUAUAUUGCAUCCUUGAUGUUGCAAGUCCUUUGAGUUUGAUGACAUUGGGAUGAUCCAGCUUC